AUGCUACAACUUAGCCAGUUUAAUUUUUCAGAUUGCCAGGUAAAAAUAAUUGGAAUACCGGUUUAUCAGCGAUCAACGUCAAAUGUUUAUGGAUCAUGGCAUAUGGAUCAUUGCCAUUCUACUCAAUGGACUAACUAUAUUUGGCAUACAAGAGGAAUAAAAGAUAAAUACGUUUAUUUGUAUGAGUCUUUGCAGAAGUUCAAACUGUCUGAUCACAUUAAAAAGAUCGAUAUUCCGAAUUAUUUUUAUGGUACUGGCAAUAUGAUAUAUAAUGGGUCGUUUAUAUACCACGUUGAGAACACGAACACAGUUCAAAAAUUUGAUUUGUUUACCAACCAAAUCAUUGCAAAAAUUAAUAUCACCGAUACUUUUGACGAUGGUAAUUUUUUGUACCCGAGUAAAAGUGCUUACUUUGAUAUGAAAGUCGAUGACAAUGGUCUGUGGAUAUUGUUUAAAAAAUUUCGCUCGUUCAAAAUUUUAAAAGUAAACAUUGACAACCUUAAAGUUCAAAAAAUGUGGUCACUUCCAGAGAAUUCAACUGAUAUUCAAAAUAGUUUUAUAGUAUGUGGUAAUCUUUAUUUCAUUAACAAUGUUACAGUUGAACGUACAAAAAUAAUUACUUAUUACGAUUUAUAUUUAGAAAAAUUUGGAACCACCAACUUGCAAUUUAAUAAUCCUUAUGGCAAAACUGUCAUGAUAUCCUACAAUCCCUCAAAAAAUAAUAUAUUCAGCUGGGACAAUGGCUAUCCGCUUCUGCACCCAGUUUUAAUUUAA